AUGGAGGGAGUGCUGCUUCUGAAAUCUGCCUCUCCUCCAAACUGUCCCCCUCGAGACUCGUCUCCUCCUCUUUCACCGGACGUUCCGGACGUUCCGGAAGAUCCCGAUCCGCGGUCAUCUUCUCCCGUGCCUCCCUCCAUGUGUGUUCCCGCUCGGCGUUCCAUGAAGAAGCUGAACUGGGACACCAUCCCCAGCCAGCGCGUUCUGGGCAAAUUGAACGUGUGGACGUCUAAGCGUCCUCAGAGGGAUCUGAUGCUGGACAUCCCGAGCAUGGAGGAGUUGUUCAGCCACGUGGACAAACGGGCCUCGCUGCCCAACUCCAGGGUCGUGGGUCUGAAGACCUUUGAUGGCAUGGACUUCUUUCCACAGGUGCCUCAGGUCACAAUCCUUGACUCUAAAAGGAGUAUGAAUAUUGGGAUCUUCCUGAGACAUUUCAAGAAGCCAGUGGCAGAAAUAGUGCAGGAUAUUUGUCAAGGGAACUGGCUGAGAUUUGGCCCGGGGAAACUAAAAGAGCUUUGUAAACUACUGCCAGAAGAAAGGGAGGUGAAGCAGCUGCUGUUGUUCAGUGGGAACCUGUCCAUUUUACCGGAGGCGGACCAGUUCAUGGUGCAGCUGGUCAAAGUGUCAGGCUAUGAGGAACGCUUGAAAACCAUGGUGCUGAGGGAGGAGUUCUUUCCUCUGAUGGAGGACGUGAAGAAUUCUGUGGCUGUCAUGACCAAAGCAGCGAAUGAGCUGUUGGACUGUGACGACCUGCACUCGGUCAUUCGACUGGUGUUAAAAGCUGGCAAUUACAUGAACGCUGGUGGUUACAGUGCCAGUGGCAAUGUCAUUGGCUUCAGGAUGACCACUCUCCUCAAGCUGGCAGACACCAAGGCCAACAAGCCUGGCAUGAACCUCAUGCACUAUGUUGCCAAGCAAAUGGAGGACAUUGAUGCUGAGCUGCUGAUGUUUCCAACCCAACUUGAACACAUUGGGAUGGGAUCAAGAAUUUGUAAAGAGGAGGUCAUCGGCGACUUUGAGAGGGAAUUCAAGAAAGUCAAGGAAGUGAAAUUGUACAGCAGCAGAAAGCCCGGCCUCUUGCACCAGAUGGAGAAAUUUUUCCUGAGGGCCGAGGCCAAGCUGGUCGAUUUGGGGGCCGCUCUUCAGGAGCUGAAGGCUCUGAGCGACGCGGUCGCCGAGUUCUUCUGUGAAGACCCGGCGACCUUCAAACUGGAGGAGUGCUGCGCCAUCUUUCAUUCGUUUUGCAAGCGCUUUGACACGGCUGUACAGGAGAACCGAGAUCGCGAGGCAGCAGAGCAGAGGCGGAAGGAGAGCGUACGAAUUUCAGCCAAACGGCGCUCCACGGCGUCUUCCGCGGGACCGGAGCGGGAUCGGACCUCCGUGUGCUUGGAGUCGGCCUUGCACAGCUUCCUCACCACCGUUCCGGAGGGGUUGGUCCGGUGCAGGAAGAACACGCUGCCCACCAUCGAAGGAUCCCCCUCCGAGUGCAGCUCGCCGAGCGUCGCGGCGGAAGCAAAAUGCGAGACGCCCGAGAAAAACCCGCCCGUAUUACGGAAAGAGGUCGGGAGCGUGGAUGAAGUGGAAAACGAAGAAGAAGCGGAAAACGAAGAAGAAGCUCAGAAGAUGCGCGAGAUAACGAGGAAGGUGCUUCGCUACCAGCGCAGCAAAAGCAGCCUGGAUGGGGACGUCGUUUCAGGCGCCGCUAGUCACUCGGAGAGAGCGCGAGACACGCCCCCGACCCCGACGACCCCCCGGCCGAGAAGCAGAGACUUCUUCUUCUCCAACAAUGACGGCGUGGGCUCCCCCUGGACCAUCCUGAGUCCUUUUACUCACGCCCACGGAGACGGACGAGCGCGCGGACGGACGCUAUCCUCCAGUCCGGGUGACGAUGACCUCGACGAUGGAGUCUGGGAGAGUGACGAAGGCAAUUACCUCCCCAAUUUCUUCAAUCUGGACGAUCUAUCGUCUCCCUCCGGGGGUUCCGUAUCUCUCCCAGAGAGCCCCAGUCGGAGAGCCGCGUCGAAGACUCCGUUCUUCAGGUCCGCGUCCUUGGUCGAAACCAGGCGAUCCCCGGGGUCUGGUUUCCGCCUGGGAGACUUGUUCCAGAGGAGCGUGUCUCAGAGGUCCUCGUACUCCUCUGGAUCCACGGCGGAGAACACGGGAGAAGGAGGAGUCAGGAGUUCACGGCUUGGUGGGAAGGCAGGGAGCCACACCGAGGGUCAAGGGAGCACCUCUGGGUUCAUUUCCUUCUUCCGACACAUCGGAGGCCGAAGUAAGCCCGCGGAUGCGGAGGAGCAACGCGUCAGCGGGUCUCACACUUGAGUCACGUUUUAUUUCCAGACGUACAGGCCAAGCGUGGCCUUUUCUUUCUGUGUGUUUUAGAUUGUUAAAAAUAUGUUUGUCUUUUUUUUUUUUAUUGUUCUGGAUUUAACCCUUCAGUUGUCCCAAGGUAACCGGGGACUUGCUUUGGACUGUGAAGGUUUUGAUUUUGUGUGUCAAACCACA